AACAUCUAAAAAACGUGCAUCAAUUGAUCUUGGUAUCUCCCGUAGACGCUUAGGCCGUCUUAUGCAAGAUCUAAAUUUAAAACUAUAUAAACCAAGAUUAUUACAAGCUUUAAACGAAGAUGAUCCAGAUCGAAGAACAGAAUUUUGUGAAUGGGUUUUAGAUUCAUUUGAAGAAGAUCCAACUCUAUUGGAUCGAAUUCUAUGGACGGACGAGGCCAUAUUCAAAGUAAACGGUCGUGUUAAUAGACACAAUUGCGUUUAUUGGAGUGAUACAAAUCCACACCUCGUUAUUGAACAAGAACUCAAUGUACCACAGGUGGUUGUUUGGGGAGGAAUAUGGUCAAAUGGCGUCGUUGGACCAUAUUUUUUUGAAGGAAACAGUACCGUAAAUAUGAUGAGAUGGUCAUUGAGAAAAGCAAUCGAUAAUAAAUGUACAAAUGUUUCCAAAUUUUCAAACAAUUGCAAUGUUAAAAGUCGUGUACCCGUUCGCAUUACUGCUCGUAAUACAAGCAAAAGAGAAUCGAUCAUGACACGACGUGAUGGUGAAACGAUUCUUAUUGCUGAUACUAUUCCUACAUGGGGAGUAGGGAAACAUGCGACAACACAAUUGAUUGAUGAUCGAGGUAACGAACAAGCCAUCUAUAUACAAAAGUUUGCUUAA